GUCCAGCACAUUUUUAUUUUACUCACAGGAUCCACAGGGGUGAUGAAAACAGACUAAUCUUCCUUUUACUUCCAUUUGAGCAAUAAAAAUAAAGCACCAAAAGAAAGAAUAUCUCAAUCUCAGUGGAGACAAAGAUUAAUUCCAGCACAGCAUCACAUGGCAGACUGCUUUAGUUUCACAACACAUGAUCACAGAUGACUGGCAGUUAGCAUCAUGCUACGUUAGUUGCUAAAGGCCCUACUGCCAAAAGUGGGGAAUUAUAGGAUUAGGCCACUGCAGUCCAUAAAACCCUUCCCUCUGAACUUUUCACCCAGUGGUUUGUGUGCGCUUCCUUUUAUGUGCAGAUAGCAAUCCAUUAAAUCACACAGUAACUAAAUCACUAGCAGUCUCAUAUCAGUGACCGCUAGCUGUUGAGGACAAUGAUUGUCACUUUGUCAAAGUGAGGACUUUGAACACACACAACUCUGCUAAUUCACAGAGGAAUUUCAACAAGCCAGAGCCUGACAGAGCAGUCUGAGGGGAGGGAAAGGUUUACAGGAGCAUUCAGAGCACAGAGUAGGGGGCGUUUUCUUGAUCCGUUUUGUUCUUCACUUUACCCCACUUUUUUCUCUGCGUUGGAUUCAAUGGGGUGUAGACACUGAGGAAGAGAGAACAAUGUGGAAAGCAACAGUGUUUGUGUUCCUGUUGCUAAACAUGGAUAUGCAGGUGAAUGGUGCUGAUAAGACGAGAGGGUCUGCUGCAGGAAAGUCCGGGCCAGAGGAAAAGACAAAGACAAAAGAGGCUGAAGCCAGUGACACCAUUCUUGCAAAUGACACUGCUCCUUCUUCUUCUUCUUCUUCUUCUUCUUCUUCUUCUUUCUUGGGUAACUUGCUGGUGGUACCCAUGGAUGGAAGUCACUGGGUGGGUAUGAAGGCCAUUGCCCAAGAAAUGGGUCGCCGUGGACACCGGGUCACCGUGGUGAUACCAGAGGUCAGCAUACGGAUGGGUCCAGGGAAAUACUACGACACUGUGAUCCAUCCUGUUCCUUAUGACCGGGCUUAUGUUGAUUCUGUGAUGUCCGCACAUAAAGACAUGAUGCAAAAAUCUUCACAGUCAUUCAUGGAGAGGACAAAGAAACGAUUCUCCCACAUUCUGAAAAUUAUAGACUUAAUCCAUGGAACUGCAGAGAGUCUACUGUUCAAUGACAGUCUCAUCUCACAUCUGGCACAGCAGGGCUUUGAUGCCGUGUUGACAGACCCCAUGGUGCCCACAGGCUCAUUAAUAGCUCGGAAAUUAGGUAUCCCCACUAUUAAUUUGUUGAGAGGUAUUCCAUUUUCCAUGGAUGUGAGGUCUGCAGGCUGCCCCUCCCCACCCUCGUAUGUACCUCGCUUCUUCACCGGAUACUCAGAUAAAAUGAGCUUCAAGGAGAGAGUUGUCAACACUUUGGUAGCUUUACUGGAGCCGCUGCUCUCCCGACUUCUGUACUGGCGCUUUGACCAAAUGGCCUAUCAGUUCCUGGGAGAGGAGGUGGGCGUAGCUGAAGUACUGUCAGACUCUGCUAUCUGGCUGCUGAGGAUUGACUUGAUACUGGAGUUCCCGCGCCCUCUCAUGCCUAAUAUGGUACUAGUUGGUGGCAUCAACUGCAAUGUGAGAAAUCCUCUGUCUGAGGAUUUGGAGUCCUGGGUGUCAGGAGAGCAUGGGUUUGUGGUGUUCACUCUGGGCACUAUGGUGUCAGAUCUGCCAGAGGAGAAGACCUCCAUCUUCCUAGAGGCCUUCAGACAGAUUCCACAGAAGGUGAUAUGGAGAUACACUGGGCAGGUUCCUGACAAUGUCCCAGAAAAUGUGAAGAUGAUGGGAUGGGUGCCUCAGAACGACCUACUAGCACAUCCUGGAGCUCGGGCUUUCAUUACUCACGCUGGCUCACACGGUAUCUUUGAGGGACUGUGUCAUGCUGUUCCCAUGGUGAUGAUGCCAAUAGGGGCGGACCAACAUCACAAUGCAGAGAGGCUGGCGAAUAAGGGAGCAGGAGUCGUGGUGGAUAUUUUUUCCAUCACAACUGAAAGCCUCCUUCAGGGACUGAAUGAGGUCCUACAUGACAUCAGGUAUAAAGAAAAUGUGCAGAAGCUGUCAGCUCUCCAUAAAGACCGGCCAGUUGAGCCACUCGACCUAUCAGUGUACUGGACAGAGUAUGUGAUGCGCCACAAAGGGGCUAAACAUCUUAAACCUGCUGGCAUUGAACUCAACUGGAUCCAGUACUUCUGCCUGGAUGUAAUAGCACUACUAGCUAGCGUAGUUCUGAUUUUUGGCAUUUUGAUAGUAAAAUGCAUUAAAUCAUGCUUCCGCAAACUGAGCAGGAAAAGGAAACGGGACUAGCAUGGUGCUACCUUUGCACCUUCAGGUUGUGCAAUAACACAGAUUAAGACAAUGCUGAGUUUUUAAUCUCACACAGGAGUGUUUGUAAACGGUUCGUUAACAGUGUUUGUAUGGGGAGAUUAAAAACUCGUGAUUGUCUUUCAAACAUUAAAACAAAGUCAUUCAACUGUU